AUGUGCUCUCAGUGGCUGAUUGGUGACAGAGACAGCCAGUGCGGUGGAGCCUGUACGCGGCCGCAGGGAAAGCCAGUGUGCGGCUCGGAUGGACGGAGCUAUGACAACGGGUGCGAGCUGCAGAGAGCGCGUUGCAAAGACAAGAGCCUAACGCUGGCGCACCGAGGCCGCUGUCGAGAUGAGGGUCAGUCCAAGUGUCGUGUUGAGAGGAACCAGGCUUUGGAGCAAGCCCGAAGGCCUCAAGAGUCCAUGUUUGUUCCAGAAUGCAACGAGGACGGCUCGUUUGCGCAGGUGCAGUGUCACACUCUGACAGGCUACUGCUGGUGUGUCACCGCCGAUGGAAAGCCAGUGAGCGGCUCCUCGGUGCACAACAGGACUCCGGUGUGUUCAGGAAACUUCCAUGAGUUUUUGGGAACUUACGGCGGGACAAGCGCAUUGACAGGAUCAGCGACAGACCGACCGCCCGGACCGGCAAACUCUGGUCGAAAAGUCUCUUUCCGUUUCUUUCUCACCCUCAAUCCAGACGACGGUUCAAAGCCUACGCCCACCAUGGAGACCCUCGUCCCCCCCGAAGGCGAUGAGAUAACUGCCCCUACGCUGUGGAUCAAACAGUUGGUUUACAAAGAGAACAAACAGAACAGCUCCACAUCCAGGAAGCAAGAGAAAAUUCCCUCUUGCGACCAGGAGCGACAAAGCGCCCUGGACGAGGCUCGGCAAAACCCCCGCGAGGCAGUCUUCAUACCAGACUGCGGCCCCGGCGGCCUCUACAAGGCUGUUCAGUGUCACCAGUCCACCGGCUACUGUUGGUGCGUGCUGGUAGACACCGGACGACCCAUUCCAGGAACUUCCACCAGGUACCAGACACCAGAAUGUGACAACGCCGCACUCUCUCGCAGCUCCGACACCGAAGACCUGUUCCAGGGCCGAGACCUGACAGGCUGCCCUGAAGGGAAAAAAGUGGAAUUUAUUACGAGCUUGUUGGACGCCCUGACCACAGACAUGGUUCAAGCUAUUAACUCACCAGCCCCCUCUGGUGGAGGGAGGUUCGUAGAGCCCGACCCCACCCACACGCUGGAAGAGCGGGUGGUGCACUGGUACUUCGCCCAGUUGGAUGCCAAUGGCAGCCGAGAUGUUGGCAAAAAGGAGCUGAAACCUUUCAAGAGGUACCUGAAGAAGAAAGCCAAGCCCAAGAAGUGCGCCCGCAAGUUCACCGACUACUGUGACUUGAACAAGGACAAGGCCAUCUCACUGCACGAGCUCAAGGGCUGCCUUGGAGUCGGCAAGGAUGGUGGUUCAACAGCAAACGGCAACUAUGGGACAAGGCAAGGAACAAAAGUGUUCAGUAAGCGUAACUAA